AUGACUCAGCCCACAAACCAAGCCGCAUGGCUCAUCGAGCCUGACAGCCCCCUCAAGGUCGACGUGGCUCCGUUGCCCAGAGCAGGUCCUGGCGAGCUCGUCGUGAAGAAUGCCGCCGUCGCUAUAAAUCCUCUCGACUGUCAUAUGCAGGACUCGGGCAUAUUUGUCCAGAAGUGGCCUGCGAUCUUGGGUUGCGACGUGGCCGGCGAAGUUUAUGAGGUGGGCUCCGAGGUGCUUCGCUUCCAAAAAGGAGAUCGUGUCAUUGGACACGCCGUCAACCUGGUCAGUGGUCGUCCUCAAGACGGAGCUUUCGCUUUGUAUACGGUCAUCAUGGCCGAUAAGGCGGCCAUCCUCCCCGACUCAAUCCCUUUUACCGACGGCGUUGUCGUCCCAUUUGCACUGGAGGCGGCAGUUUGCGCGCUGUCUCUCAAGAUUUCUGGAAUCGCUAUGCCUGGCGUCUCUACCCCGGCUCUUGGCCUGCCCUAUCCGUCUGUGAACAAUGUGGCACCAUCCGGAAAAGUACUGGUUGUGUACGGCGGGUCGUCUUCCGUUGGCUCCAUGACGACGCAGCUGGCUACCGCUGCCGGGAUAGACGUCAUCACCAUCGUUGGGAAACAUAACUUUGAACUCAGCAAGCGUUGCGGGGCGACCCAGGUCAUCGAUCGCCACGACCCUUUGAUCACCGAUAAAAUCAUCGAAGCUGUAGGAAAGUCUGAUCUGAUUGGCAUCUUCGACGCCAUCGCAACCCCGGAGACGUAUGACAACGACCUAGCCAUCCUCACCAAGUUGGGCGGUGGCUAUCUUGCCUCAGUGCACCCUCCACCCCCCGCUCUGCCCGACAACGUCAAAGGGGGCAUGAUUUUCGCCGUGAACGACAUUGUCACGCCAGUAUGGAAGGCCUAUGUGACUCCUGGCUUGCAAGCCGGAAAGCUGCAGUGUCUUCCGCCGCCCACAAUCGUCGGGAAGGGUUUGGAGCAUAUCAAUGAAGCUCUGAAAAUGUCCAAGGCCGGCGUCAGUGCAACUAAGCUAGUGGUAGAGUUGUGA